CAUGAUGAGCAGCUACGGGGACGCCGAGGAGGACACGGUGGCGCUGCUGGCCCAUGACAGCGGCGGCAGCAAGGAGCCCGAGCGGGGCAAGGAGGAGCUGAGCGGCGACAAGGGCCCCGAGAAGCCGGACCCGUCGCAGAAGCCACCCUACUCGUACGUGGCCCUCAUCGCCAUGGCCAUCCGCGAGAGCGCCGAGAAGCGGCUCACGCUCUCCGGGAUCUACCAGUACAUCAUCAGCAAGUUCCCCUUCUACGAGAAGAACAAGAAGGGCUGGCAGAACAGCAUCCGCCACAACCUCAGCCUCAACGAGUGCUUCAUCAAGGUGCCCCGCGAGGGCGGCGGCGAGCGCAAGGGCAACUACUGGACGCUGGACCCGGCCUGCGAGGACAUGUUCGAGAAGGGCAACUACCGGCGGCGGCGGCGCAUGAAGCGGCCCUUCCGCCCGCCGCCCAGCCACUUCCAGCCCGGCAAGACCCUCUUCGGCCCCGACAGCUACGGCUACCUCUCCCCGCCCAAGUACCUGCAGUCCACGUUCAUGAACAACUCGUGGCCGCUGGCGCAGCCGCCCGCGCCCAUGCCCUACGCCUCCUGCCAGAUGUCAGGCGGCAACGUGAGCCCCGUCAAUGUGAAAGGACUCUCGGGCCCGGCCUCGUACGGCCCCUACUCGCGCGUGCAGAGCAUGGCGCUGCCCGGCAUGGUGAACUCCUACAACGGCAUGGGCCACCACCACCACCACGGGCACCCCGCGCAGCAGCUGAGCCCCGCCAGCCCCGCGCCGCCCGCCGCCAACGCCGCCAACGGCGCCGGCCUGCAGUUCGCGUGCGCCCGCCAGCCCGCCGAGCUCUCCAUGAUGCACUGUUCCUACUGGGAGCACGACGGCAAGCACGGCGCGCUGCACUCCCGCAUAGACAUCUAGCCGCCCGCCCGGCCUUCCUCCUCCUCGUCCUCCUCUUGCCGCCGCUGCCCCUUCGCGGCGCGGGGCUGCGGGCGGCGUGAGCGCGGGGAGCUCCCGGCCGGGCCGCCCGCCCGCCUCUCCGUGUGUGUGUGUCUGUCUGUCUGUCUGUAGCCAGCACGGAGGCCCCGUCGGUUCGUCUGUUUGUCCGUGGCGGCUUCGAGGGGGAGGCGGGAGAG